CUGCCACUCUGUCCUCCUUGGGUUUCAAUUCCAAACAUGGUUAUCCUUCUAGGGCCCUAUCGACUCCCCCCCUCGCCUCCCUUAUCCCUUUCUCUUCCAGCUGGUGGCUCUACGGUGCAGGCCAGAGGGUGAGAAAAAGAGACAGAAAAGCACAGCAAGAAAGACUACGGGAAAACUUGGAAGGGAAAGACGGGAGAAACCAGAGGAGAGAGGAAGGGACGCAUGAUGAGAGGAGAAGAAACAGAGGAAACCCAUUCCAGCGGUGUUUCUGCAACAAAUAGAGUCGUGAUAACAUCUUCAUGGUGAAGAAUUUUCUGCCGCUGCACGCCAAGGGAACAAGCAAUUACCUCUGACAUUUUUGGUCAGUAUCAGGCUGUUUAUUUUUAAUCAAGCUGUAAUCCAAACAGAUGAUCUAGUAAUAGGACAGAAACAGCACUUAGUUUGAGUGGAAAACAAGUCUUAUUGGUCCCUUCUUAAAAAAAAAACCACAAAACAAACAAACUUUGCUUUGUGCUCCAAGAACCUUUCCAGAACUUAUUCGAAAAGAUUUAAACAUGAGUGCAGACAACUCUAGCCUGCUGGACAGCCUGCUCUUUCCCCCUCUCUGCGAUGGCUGGAGCAACAACACAGAGGGAGCCAUCUACCAGUUGGGUAACACCAUCCUGUUUCUGGGCUACAUGGGAGGAAGCGGGGCCUACGGGUGCCUCUUCAUCUUCGGCUUCCUUUGUCCCGGUUUCCUGUGUCUUCUUCUGUGGGGAUUGCUUACAGUGUGCGGCCUGGAUGUCUUCACCUGGAACCUGCUUCUACUGCUGGUCUGCUUGCUUCAGCUCUGUCACCUCCUUUACCGGCUGCACCAGGAGGGCAUACGAGGUGAGGAGCUGGCCUCCCUCUACCAGGCGGUCUACCUGCCCCUGGGCGUGCCUGUCCAGGUGUUCAAGGAGAUUGCAAAGGCUUUUGAGAACAAGGUGCUGGAGCUGAAAGCAGGAGAGACUUAUGCUGUGGAGGGAAAGACCCCCAUUGACCGGCUCUCCUUUCUGCUUUCUGGAAGGAUCAACGUGUCUUUGGAGGGCCAGUUUCUGCAUUACAUCCACCGACACCAGUUCCUCGACUCUCCCGAGUGGGAGUCUCUUAGACCAAACGAGGAGGGAAAGUUCCAGGUGACCCUGACAGCAGAGGAAGAUUCCCGUUACAUCUCAUGGCGUCGCCGCCGCCUCUACAUGGUGAUAUCAAAGGAUCGCUACAUCGCCCGUCUCUUCUCUGUAAUGCUGGGACACGACAUUGCUGAAAAGCUCUACAACCUCAACAACAAGCUCUACAUCAAAAGUGGCGUGUUGUUGGACAUCCGCCUGCCAAGCCUCUACCACGUGCUGGCUCCUGCCUCGCAGGGCAGUGAGGGUGGCAGCGGUAGUGAUGGAGGCCCUGCCAGGGAGCAACAAACUGAACAGCAGUGCCAAGACCCAGAGCUCACCUACCAGAUGCCUGACAGAUCUAAACCUCAGCCUCUCCAGCCCAAACCUCAGGGACCAAUGAAGACAGCCGUGGAAGAACCCUUGCAUGACCCUUAUCACCCUUCCUGGGCGUCUGACCCGGAGCUGCCCAUCGGAGGUGAUGGGAAUCUACCACCUCGAUUCCAGAGGGUCAGAGCGCCGCUGGCUCCCACUGAAACCCCUAAACUGUGAGACGUCUCUCCUGGAAAAACUACCAUACCAUCUCCUCCUCUUUCUCUGUUCCUGUUCUUCAGUUCAGAGUAUGAAGAAUAUAAAUUCUUAACAUUUAACUAUUUGAAUUCAAAUUUAAGUCAUACAACAAACCUUACUGACAUCUUUUAACAGUUUGACAUUUUAUUUAGGAGUGUUAACAUUUUCCUUGUUACCAUUUAGUCUUUAGGCCUUUAGGCCAUGCUAUCCCAAAAUACAGUGACCCUGAGAGCGUAAAUGACCUACAACCUAAGACAACACUGGCAAGCACAAAAAUGCUGCAAAAAGCCAAAACAAAACACAGAAGUUGAAUAAAACAUGAAGGAAGUGAAUAAAACUCAACAGAUAUUAAAGUAGAAAAAAACAAAAUCUCACAACAUAAGUGUUUUUUGGGAGACAAUAAUUUGUGAAAGUGACAGAAACCUAAACAUGAAGGAUUGCACUGAGACUCGUUUAAAAGAAGCGGAAAAUUUAUUUGUGUUGUGAGGGAGAAAAGUUGGAAGGUAAUGUGUUUUAAUCGCAUGCUUCAUACGGUACUAUAAAUACAUGUUUGCUACUAGCCAUAGUAGCAUAAGUCAGGUUCAUUGUGCGCCGGUUAUUUUGUUGUAAAAUUUUGCAGUGAUCCUACGGCCACAGUACACGGUGCACAUGGUCAAUUGUGUGUGUGAAACAGCCAAAAUUAUGCUUCACAAUUAAUAUUUUUAUGCUAAUUAGCAUGUAAUGCAAUUACAGCUAAGCUAGUGAAUCUCAAUUUGGGCCUUCUCGUAUUAUUUUGCUUGCGAUGUUACUGACCCCAUUGAAAAAUGUUUCAGUGGUAAAUCUCUUCAGCAAACAAAAACUUAUUUCUGUUGUGAGGGAGAAAAUGAUCCAGGUAAUGUGUGUUUUAAUUGCAUGAUUCAUGUAAUACUGUAGCGACAUGUUUGCUAUUAGCUGUUGACUGUUAGCUUGGCACUUUUGCAGCUAUUCUGUCACUUUAAUGUCUUCCAAAAAACAGUAUUUUGUGAGGGUAUUUUUUGUUGUUGUUUUGGUAAGCUUU